AUGUGGAUCGCUGGGCUAGCUGCGAUAGUGACUUCCCUUGAGCUUGACAUUCGCGACUCUCGCUCUCUCAUAGACGCUGCGGCCACGACGGUUGAGAACAUGUUCAGCAAUUCUACUUCAUUAAACGGCAAAUUCAGUCCUUUGCUCACAGGACACAAACAGCCCGACGAAGACAUGCUCACAUUCGACGAAGGCAUGCUCUAUUUAACUCUGAUACAAUUCUGGAAUGCGACCGAAAUCGCAUCAUACAACUCCCUCAUAAACAAGCGCUUGAGGAAGCCACUCAAUGAUAGUGAUGCUCCGAUAACCCUGGAAAGAACUCAAAACCAAGCGCUGGGUGCCUGGGGUCUGGCAUCCAUCACAGCCGCAGAGAUGAACUACCCCGAGCUAGACGAUAAGUCUUCAUGGCUGCAGGUUGCUUCCCAUAUCUUAUCAGUUUUGACUAGUCAGACUUGGGAUGUUAGCACCUGCCGUGGUGGCCUUCGUAUGGAUUGGGAAUGGUUUCCGAAAGAUGCCCUAUCGAACGGACUUUUCUUCCAGCUUGCUGCGCGACUAGCACAUGCCACCAGCGGGGAUGAGAGUAGAGAUUAUGCUAGAUGGGCAAAUGAGGUAUGGGAAUGGAGUGUCAUAAGCCAGAUUCUGGAUGAAAAGAACUGGUCUGUUAUCAUGUCGGUCACCAACAGCACGGAAGGAGGCGCCUGUUCGCCUUAUAAUCUCCGGGAGUGGAGUUACGCUUAUGGAUUAUACCUAAAUGGUGCGGCGUACAUGUAUAAAGCAACAAACGGAUUAUCAUGGAAAGAGAGAGCAAAUGGAUUGCUUCAGAGCACAAUGGAAAGAUUUUUCAUCGACAAUAUCAUGACCGAGUUCGGCCCACGUGGCUCCUUUGGAACUAACGAAACAAUAAUCAACAACAUGAAGGGCAUGGUAGGGCUACUUUCGGCAUCGCUCGUCACUGUCGCCAAUCUGCUGCCGGAAACCGCUGAACAAAUCGUGCCACGUCUCAGGGCAACCGCGGUUGCUGCUGCAAAGCAGUGUAGCGGGUCAGCCAACGGGACAGUAUGCGGAUCGGAAUGGACCAAGCCUACAUACGACGGUAACCCCGGCCUGGGAAGCUCUAUGAGCGCGGCCAAUCUCUUCGUAUCCAUUCUGAUGCUCCCGGAAGGCCAGGAGAAGAAAUUGUCAGACGGGGAGAUUGCAGGCAUUGCAGUAGGAUCAGGGGCUGGCGUUGCUAUAAUCGCUACAGCCAUUUUUCUCCUCGUGCGACGACGGGGAAAAGGCAAGAAAGGAGUUGUGUCUGAUUCGGAGUACUCACCAUGUCACUCUGAUCGAAGCGAGGAUGUCUCGGGGGUCACGGAGGAUACGUCGGAGCUGCCUGCAAGUAAGGAUGGCGGUACGUCGGUACUCCGGCAUGAACUGGACAGCAAUAACAGAGCCACUGAGUGA